AUGGCUGCUGCAGCAGACCCGACUCCUUGUGCCGCGCAGCAGCUGCAGCAGCUGCUGCUGCAGGAGCUCCCUGUCUCAUCAGCAGCAACGGAGCAGCAGCAGGGGGGCCCUCUGGCGGAGUGGUCAGCAGAUGGGGCAGCUGUGGGGGUCCCCUCGGAUGCUGUGAAGCGGCUGCAGCAGGGCCGUGCUGCAGCAGCAAGGCCAGCAGCAGCAUUCUCAGUGCCCCUCUGCAGCAUGCGCAGCAGCGAGGGCAGCAGCGCAGCAGCAGGCAGCAGCAAGAGCUGCAGCACGACGAGCCAGCCAGUGAGCAGCCCCUCGGCGUCGGAGGUGGCAGCAGCAGCGGCGGUGGAGAUGGACGACGACGACUUCCUGCUGCAGCAGCACAGCAGCAGCAGCAGCAGCAGGCUCCUCUCCCGCAGGCCCGUGGGACUCCAGGCUGGCCCUGCUUCUCCUGCUGCUGCUGCUUCCUCCCGCUGCUCCCCUUCUGCUGCUUCUGAAGUCAGCACAGGCUCUUUGGCCCGCAGCACUCGCACUUCAACUCGCCCGAAGCGGCAGCUGGCGCGGCGGGACGCAGCAGAGCAGCAGCAGCAGCAGCAGGUCUGCAGCAGCAUGGGCAGCAGCAGCAGCAGCAAGCACCACAAGCGCGCCAACCAGCAGCAGGCCAGGAGCAGGCGCUCCUCGUCCCUGGACCCGCACGCCCUCGACGCUGCAGCAGCUGCUGCUGCUGGCGCCGCAGACCCUGCUGCUGCUGCUGCUGCUGCCACCAGCAGCCUCGCCGGCAGCAGCAACGCUGCUGCUGGCCUCCCCGCCAUCAAGCAGCAGCAGGAGGAGCUGCUGCUGCGCAACCAAACGAGAGAGCGGAGCACUUCGAGGCCAGAUGACUGGCUGCCGCUGCGCGGCGACCGCCAGCAGCAGCAGCAGCAGCAGCAGCAGCCGCAGCAGCAGCCUUCAGAUAACCAGCUGCGCCAGCUGGGCGUACACUUUAGCCGCUAUGACAACUCCUGGGUAGCGCGUCUGCAUGUCGGGGGCAAGAUCCUGAAGAAGUAUUUUUCAUCAAAGCUUUACGGCUUCGAGAGAGCGAGAGAGAAGGCGCUGCAGGCGCGGAAAGACAUGGAGUUGGAUUUGCUGCGCAGCCAGCGGCAGCAGCAGGAGGCAGCAGCAGCAGCUGCUGCUGCUGUGGGGGCAGCAGGCAGCAGCAGCAAGAGCAACGGGGCUGUCAGCGUCACGAAUGGCACUGCAGCAACCACGCCGACGGGGCUGCUGGCAGCAACAGCAGCAGCAGCAGCACCGCUGCCCCCGCUGCUGUCUGCUGCUGCUGUGGAUGAGGAGGCGCUGCGGCCAGAAGACAACCUAAAGAAGGGCAUGUCUUUGUUUCACUCUGCUGCUGCUGCUGCUGCUGUGAUGCUGGCGCAGCAGCAGGUCAUGCAGCAGCUGCUGCUGCUGCAGAUGCACUCCUCUGCAACAGCAGCAGCAACAGCGCAGCAGCAGCGGCAGCGCUCCGGGGACACUCUUAUGUCGCAGGCGGAGACCGCGGGCUAUGCGCUGCAGCUGGAGCAGCUGCAGCGGCUGCAGCAGCUGCAGCAGCUGCAGCAGCUGCACCAGCAGCAGUUUGCAACAACUUUUUUGCUGGCUGCUGCAGGCUGUAUUGCUGACGGCAGCAGCAGCAGCGUCCUCACCCCGAGCAGCAGCAGCACGCCGGGAGGCAACAGCAGCAGGUCGGGCUGCUGCAGCAGCAGCAGCGCCUGCUGCUGCAGCACUUCUGGGGAAGCCUGCGGGUCUUCCCUGUGCAAGCUUGAGAGGCAGCAAGAGGAGCAGGAGCAGCAGCAGCAGCAGCUGCUGCUGCUAGAUGGGCCCAACAGAGGCAGGGGAGGCUCGAGGACAGGCUACAUGUCCCCGAGCGCCUUCCGCAAGCGCUGCUGCAGCACAAUUGGAGGAGAUGCCUCUGCUGCUGCUGCUGCUGCUGCUGCUGCUCUUGGCAGGCAGCAGACUCCUGCAGCAGCAGCAGACGCACCCAUGCUGCAGCAAAACGGCAAUGAGUCGCCUUUCACUGCUGUGGCCUCGCUCCUGGCUUCUCUGGGGACGCAGGGCAAGAGCAGCAGCAGCAGCAAUGGCAUGACUGGCAGCAGCAGCAGCGGCAGCAGCAGCAAACGGCGGGGCACUGCAGCAGGCGGGCAGCAGCAAGACGUCCCUCGCCCCCGCGAAGUGCCGCUGCAGCAGCAGCUGGUGUCUGGCGAUGCAGCAGGCAUCUGCUCGCCAUUAGAGCUGCAGCAGCAGGUGCAGCAACGGCUGCAGCAGCUGCUGCAGCAGCUGCAAGGUCAGAACGACGGCAGCAGCGGCACACGCCCAGAAGACCCGCGGCAGCAGCAGCAGCAGCAAGAUCCUGCAGCACCUUCUUUGCUGCCCUGCCUGCAGGAGCUGCUGCAGUCUCUCGGUGCUGUCUCUUCUCCGGGGCAGACGGAGGGCGCAGCAGCAGCAGCAGCAGCUGCUGCUGCAGCAGCAGCAGCUGCUGCUGCUGCUGCUGCCACUGGCGCUUCUGGCGGGGUGCAGCAGCCGCAGCAGCAGCAGCAGCAGCCGCAGGACGAAGAAACUGCAAGGCUGCGAGACGCUGUUCUGCAGCUACGAGAAGUGCAGCAACAAUUUUUGCAGGACCACCAGCAGCAGCAGCAGAAGCAACAGCAGCAGCAACAACAGCAGCAGCAGCAGCAAACACCGGAAGACACAGAAAUGCACCAGGACUUCGGGGAUUUACCUUCAGAAGCUGCUGCUCUCUUAUCUAGCAGAAGCAAGAAGCACCGCGUUCCGGUGUAG